AUGUCUUCUUCCUCUCACUUCGCCUCAUCCUUCUUCAGCUCAGUCCAGUUCCACUGCAUCCUCAACCCCGGAUGCCUUCCUCCAGCAGCCCGCCGUGUAGAUAUGAUGCUGGAGAUAUUCGGCAAUCCGAAUGAGGUGGAGAUAGAAACGUCGUCUCAAAGGGCAGUACAAACCAGACUCUUGGGAGCGGACCGGGCUGAUCAUAUACAUAUACAUACUUUCCACAAGUUAGAAGCUGGUUACGUUUAUCAACAGAGCCCGCCAGCCUUCAAGCCGACACCUCACAUCAUGCAAGCCUUACCAUGCGGACAGUAUCGUGGCGCCUAUGGGCUUGAGAAAGGUUUGCCCUGUGGGUUCACGCCUGAUCGAAAUUCAGCUCAUCUUACAGCAUGCAUUCGACAAAUCGGAGCUUUUAAGAGUGCAUCUUUUGGCCUUAGUCAUUCUCACUAUCAUCCAGAACGGAUAGCGCUGGUAUCUGAACUGGAGGGGUGUGCAGAUAGUCCCGGAGAGGUACCUAAGGGUGAUGCAGAGGAGUUUGCUUCGAGUAUGGGGGCGGAAAAAGCAUCAUUCGACCUCGGAGAUGUGAGGUUCGGAGGUGGCGACGACUUGACCCCGAUCGCUUUGUGCAUCCGUCAAAGAACUGUCAUCGGGAUAAUUGUAUCGUGGAGUCAGGCCUUUGACCCGGCGGCUGGAAAGUCUCGUGACCAAAGUUAUAUCGAAGUCAUGCUGUGUCGUUGUGACGAAAAGAUCUGGAGUGCAGCUGUACCACACAUGCAGGGUGUGCAAUGGCUUCGCCAGGCUUCGGUUCCGAGGUGCUGGAUCGAUGUAGUACCUCGCGAGGAUGAGGCUUGGAGGGAGGUAUUCGUGCGAUGGAGGUAG